AUGGCACAGGUGGUCGGACUGAUCUCGGACACGCAUGGUGUCCUGCUUCCGGAGGCAGUGCGGGCUCUGAGCGCCGCCACAGGGACCAUCAUUCACGCCGGUGAUAUAGGUGAGCCACGCUACAAGAGUCGGCUCAAAGCCUCUGACCUCGUUGAAGAACUUGAGACAGGCACGGGAUCAAAAGUCGUCGCAGUCACUGGCAAUGUGGACGACAACUGCCCGGAAACGGUGGCUCUGUACCCGGCCUUCCGGACCCUGAGAUUGUUCGACAGGAAGUUCCUUGUCAUCCACAUCUGCGGCUUCCCACCAGCGGUCGAUCCUCGGGCUGCGGACAUCAUUGCGGCUGAGCAUCCGGACGUGGUCGUCUUUGGGCACUCGCAUGUUCCUGGGGCCGAGCUCCAUGAAGGGACUUUGUACAUAAAUCCGGGAAGCGCUGGGCCCGUUCGAUUUCGCCUUCCACAGUGCAUUGCCGUACUACAUUUUGAUGGGGAGUAUUGUGUACGCUUUAUUAGGCUAGGGUCUUCAAACAACAAAUUGAUGGCACUGCCUAUCAAUGUGAAACUUCUGUAUGAUUCAAAAGCCGGAUGCUUUGAACUUGACAGACCCAAGAUCCGGUAGGUCGAGUAGAGAUUGUUUUACACAUGGUGACGCUUGCUGAUGUCAGGAGUGGCGCCGUAGUAAAGCAGGUAUAUAUGCAGACGUCGAUCGAAGCCACUGCGCUUUAUGGUCAAGUCGAUGUCGAACUGAUACCGGCGAGGGCAAACUAGCAUGAGCACCAGAUCGAGGAGGCGAUGACAUGUCAGACAGUAUUAUAGAACCGCAGGCUGGCUCGCAUUCUUAUCAUGGAAGCUGGAUUGCAACAUGACUCUGAAAGUAUCUGCUUGUUUGUAUUUCGUAUCCCCUCAUGUGGAGGAUCAAAACGAC